GGUUUACAGCUGUAUAGACAGCCUUCCCAAACUGGUACCUGACAGAAGCUUUGGACUACCAUUCCCAUCACUCUAGUCAUCACCCAUUCUAGCUGGAGUCCAGAAUAUCCACCACUUGGGACUCCUGCAUUCCAGCGGCUGGGACUGGGUGACCCCAAGAGAGUGGGAAAGCAAGAAUGGAUGCUGGUCUGGAUUUUCACAGUUCUGCAUCGCCCCAGUUUCCUCCUUGCAGGGGCUCCUGUGGUGUUAAAAGUAUACAAGAGGAGGAGCAACCUUCCCAUGGCUGAGUUUCCCACCCUUCCUGAGUCUCUAUGCCAGGAAACCAGUUGGAUUUCUGCCUGUUGUUCAGGAAACAGGAGGUGCUGAACAGCACAGAUGCGGCAGCCCCAGAGAGACCUUUGUCUCCUCCGUUCACUGCUCCACCGAGCAUGAAGUCUGCUGAGUUCUUCGAAAUGCUGGAAAAAAUGCAGGCACCCAAAUCAGAGGACCAAAGAAGUGGAAGUCAGAAAAAUAAGGAGGAUUAUAUCCCCUAUCCCAGCAUUGAAGAGGUCCUAGAGAAAGGCAGCCCCUAUCCCUUGAUCAUUUUGCCCCAGUUCGGGGGCUACUGGAUUGAAGACCCUGAGAAUCUCAGCACCCCCACCUCGUCGGACAGCAGCAUCUGUGAGGACGACGAGGAACAGCUGAGCCCCAGCUCCCAUGGCUACCGGCUGGAAUGCAAAGGCGAGGCCCGGGCAUACCGGAAGCACUUCUUGGGAAAGGAUCAUCUGAAUUUUUACUGCACGGCCAGCAGCCUGGGAAAUUUGAUCCUCUCCAUCAAAUGCGAAGAGGGAGAAGCGACCGAAUACCUGAGGAUUAUACUCAGAUCCAAAACAAAAACGUUACAUGAAAGAAUCCCCUUAGCCGGACUGAGCAAGCUGCCAAGUAUUCCGCAGAUAGCAAAGGCUUUCUGUGAUGAUGCGACUGGGCUGAAGUUUAAUCCUGUCCUUUACCCCAAGGCGUCACAGAUGAUCGUGUCCUACGAUGAGCAUGAACUCAAUAACACGUUCAAGUUCGGCGUGAUUUACCAGAAGUUUAAACAGACCCAGGAAGGGGAGCUGUUUGGGAACAAUGAAGAAAGUCCCGCAUUCAAGAAUUUCUUGAGUCUGUUGGGCGAUACUGUCACACUCCAGGAUUUCAAGGGCUUUCGAGGUGGCUUGGAUGUCACUCAUGGCCAGACAGGCACAGAGUCUGUAUACACAGUGUUCAGGGACAGAGAGAUUAUGUUUCACGUCUCUACGAAGCUUCCCUUCACCGAGGGAGAUGCACAGCAGCUUCAGCGAAAGAGGCACAUUGGCAAUGAUAUUGUGGCCAUUAUAUUCCAAGAAGAAAACACUGCUUUUGUCCCUGACAUGAUUGCCUCGAAUUUUCUACACGCCUAUGUUGUUGUCCAGGCAGAAAACCCCGAAAUGGACAAUACGUCCUACAAAGUGGCCGUCACUGCACGGGAAGACGUCCCCCCAUUCGGUCCUUCACUGCCAAGCCCACCUGUAUUUCAAAAAAACUCCGAAUUCCGAGAGUUUCUUCUUGCCAAGCUGAUCAAUGCAGAGAAUGCCUGCUGCAAGUCAGACAAAUUUGCAAAGCUUGAGGAUCGAACACGAGCUGCCCUGUUGGAUAACCUCCACGACGACCUCCAUGUCCACACGCAACUGAUGUUAGGCCUGGGAUCUGAAGAGGACAAGCUGGAGAACGGAGGCCAUGGAGGAUUCUUGGAAUCAUUUAAGAGGGCCAUCCGAGUCCGAAGCCACUCCAUGGAGACCAUGGUGGGAAGCCAGAAGAAACACCAGAGUGGAGGGAUUCCCGGGAGCUUGAGUGGGGGCAUUGCCCACAACAGCAUUGAAAUAACCAAGACCACCUUCUCGCCUCCAGUGGCAGCAGUGGCAGUGAAGAAUCAGUCAAGAAGCCCCAUCAAGAGGCGGUCCGGGCUGUUCCCGCGCUUGCACACUGGGUCCGAAAGCCAGGUGGAGCCCCGGACUCGAAGUGACAGUGGCUCAGGAACACCAAAGACUCCAGACGGGGGACAUACCUCUCAAGAAGUAAAGUCAGAAGCUUCCUCGAACCCGAGUUCUCCGGAGAUCUGCCCCAGCAAAGAGAGGCCAUUCAUUAAACUCAAAGAGAACGGACGGUCCAAUAUCUCCCGUUCAUCUUCCAGCACCAGCAGUUUCAGUAGCACGGCAGGAGAGAACGAAAAUAUGGAAGAAUAUGAAAACCUGGGCAGUCAACCCUCCACAGUGUCCCCUUUCAAGCAAGACGUCUUCAUCUACAGCCCUUCCCAAAGCAUUGAGAAUCCAGUUUUAGCAUCUGCUUCAACGCCCGUGAUCAUGAGUAGGAGUCCCACAGAUCUAAAGAGCAGGAAUUCUCCAAGGUCAAAUCUAAAGUUUCGCUUUGAUAAGCUCAGCCAUUCAAGUUCUGGUCCAAUGCACUAGUGGGAAGCUGGGACUGUGGACCUGGGAAAGGGGCAUUUCAGUUUGUUUUCUUUUGUAAGAGGGAGAGUUCUCUUGGUGAAGGCGGGCAACUAUUUACUGCACCAAGCGCCCUGGCCGCAUACGAAUUGUCCCUCACGGAAGCCGCUGUUUCCUUCGAACCACAAAGAACUGUCACCUUCCUCCAUCUCUUCUGCUAGAGAAGACACCUCUGGUGAUAGAGAUACUCUCAACAGGUGGUGGGACUCUUGUAUUCUGGCUCCAUCCCUCUGGGUUCAAAGGAUGUCUUAUGGAGAUGAGUUUUCCACCCUGUUUACUUGAAUCGGCUGCUCACGUUCUUUCCUUGGGUAUUUCAACACUCGCUAGACACCUGUGCCCGUGUACUUAACUGUAGCUGUUCGACUUAAGCUCAUGCGUGAGCCCU